CAAUUAAAUUUCUAACUCCUUCUAUUGGAAAGUAUCAUUCAUUGUGAAAAUUGAUACAAAGUUACAGUGAUUUGAUUAUGUCGGAGUUCCACACCCAAAAUCUUGUUACCGUCGAUUCUCAACCUCCACCAGAACAUGAACAACAACACUUUAAGAUGGACGAUAUUUCUCUGUGCUGUGAUCAAAUACCAGAUGGAGAAGGCAUUGAUAUUCUAAAAGAUGAAGAUGAUGUAGUAAUUGAAUUAGAUUGUCAAAAUGAUCUUUCUGAAGGAAGAAAAGAAUUUCUCGCACCUGCUGUCGGAAUGGAAUUUGAGUCAUAUGAUGAUGCUUACAAUUAUUAUAUUUGUUAUGCCAAGGAGGUGGGAUUUUGUGUGAGGGUGAAGAAUUCAUGGUUCAAGAGAAAUAGUAGAGAAAAAUACGGUGCAGUGCUUUGCUGUAGCAGUCAAGGUUUCAAAAGAAUAAAAGAUGCUAGCAAUUUGAGAAAAGAGACAAGAACUGGUUGUCCUGCGAUGAUAAGGAUGAGAUUAGUGGAGUCUCAGAGAUGGAGGAUACGUGAAGUUACCCUCGAACAUAACCACAUCUUAGGUGCUACGAUACAUAAAUCAAUUAAAAAUAUGGGAAGUGGAACUAAAAAGAAGCUGUUGCCAAGUUGUUUUAAUGCUGAGGGGCAAACAGUUAAGUUAUAUCGUGCACUUGUGAUAGAUGCAGGAGGUAAUGGUAAUUCAAAUUUCAAUGCAAGAGACGAUAAAACUUUCUCUGAAUAUUCUAAUGAGAUGAACCUAAAAAAAGGUGAUGCACAAGCCAUUUAUAAUUUCCUUUGCCGUAUGCAACUGACUAAUCCAAACUUCUUUUAUUUAAUGGAUUUCAACGAUGAAGGGCGUUUGAGGAAUGUCUUAUGGGUUGAUGCCAGGUCCAGGGCUGCAUGUGGUUAUUUUAGUGAUGUCGUUUAUUUUGACAACACUUAUUUGUCAAACAAAUAUGAAAUUCCUCUUGUAGCUUUUGUUGGACUAAAUCACCAUGGUCAAACAGUGUUAUUAGGUUGUGGGCUGCUUGCAGGUGAAAUGCCCGAAUCAUAUACAUGGUUGUUUAGAACAUGGGUUACAUGUAUGUCAGGAUGUUCUCCUCAAACUAUUAUUACAGAUAGGUGCAAGGCUUUACAGAGUGUAAUUGCAGAAAUUUUUCCGAAAUCUCAUCAUUGUUUUGGCUUGUCAUUAAUUAUGAAAAAAGUACCAGAAAAAUUGGGAGGGUUGCACAAUUAUGAUGGAAUCAGGAAAGCAUUGAUUAAAGCAGUUUAUGAGACAUUGAAAGUGAUUGAAUUUGAGGCCGCAUGGGGAUUUAUGAUUCAACGUUUUGGAGUUAGUGAUCACGAGUGGCUUCGUUCCUUAUAUGAAGACCGAGUUCAUUGGGCACCAGUAUAUUUAAAGGACAAGUUUUUUGGUGGAAUGUCUGCGGCACGCCCCGGUGAGAGUAUUAGUCCAUUUUUCGAUAAAUAUGUGCACAAACAGACUCCUCUGAAGGAGUUUCUUGACAAGUAUGAAUUAGCUCUUCAUAAGAAGUACAAGGAAGAAUCUUUAGCAGAUAUUGAAUCAAGAAGCUCAAGCCCCCUGCUUAAAACCAAAUGUUCAUUUGAACUGCAGCUCUCUAGAAUGUACACAAAAGAAAUAUUCACCAAGUUCCAAUUUGAAGUGGGAGAAAUGUUCUCUUGUUUUGGUACGACUCAAUUACACGUGGAUGGUGCCAUCGUAAUCUUCUUAGUCAAAGAGCGUGUUUUGAUCGAGGGAAACAGGCGAGAGAUCAAGGAUUUUGAAGUUUUGUACAGUAGAUCAGCAGGUGAAGUUCGUUGUAUUUGUUGUUGCUUUAAUUUUUAUGGAUAUCUAUGUCGACAUGCACUGUGCGUACUCAAUUUUAAUGGGGUGGAAGAGAUUCCUCCUAAGUAUAUUCUUUCACGGUGGAAGAAAGAUUACAAACGCCUUUAUAUUCCGGAUCACACUUUUGGUAGUUCUGAUGAUACUGAUCGUAUUCACCGGUCUAACCAGUUAUUUAGAGGUGCCUUACAAGUUGUAGAGGAGGGAGUACUUUCUGUAGACCAUUACAAUAUAGCGUUGCAGGCUUUAGAAGAAUCCCUUAUUAAGGUCUGUGAUGUAGAACAGGGACAUGAUGGCGAAGGAUUUGAUUUGAUGAUGUUGGAGUUCCAGACCCAAAAUCUUGUUACCAUCGACGCCGCCGUCGAUUCUCAACCUCCACGAGAAGAAGAACAAGAACAACACUUAAAGAUGGACGAUACUUCUCUGUACUGCGAUCAAAUACCAGAUGCAGAUGAUGUACUAAUUGAAUUAGACUGUCAAAAUGAUCCUUCUGAAGGAAGAAAGGAAUUUCUCGCACCUGCUAGUAGAAUGGAAUUUGAAUCAUACGAUGAUGCUUACAAUUAUUAUAUUUGUUAUGCCAAGGAGGUGGGAUUUUGUGUGAGGGUGAAGAAUUCAUGGUUCAAGAGAAAUAGUAGAGAAAAAUACGGUGCAGUGCUUUGCUGUAGCAGUCAAGGUUUCAAAAGAAUAAAAGAUGUUAACAGUUUCAGAAAAGAGACAAGAACUGGUUGUCCUGCGAUGAUAAAGAUGGGGUUAGUGGAGUCUCAGAGAUGGAGGAUACACGAGGUUACCCUCGAACAUAACCACAUCUUAGGUGCUACGAUACAUAAAUCAAUUAAAAAUGUGGGAAUUGGGACUAAAAAGAAGUUGUUGCCUAGUUGUUCAAAUGCUGAGGUUCAAACAGUUAAGUUAUAUCGUGCACUUGUGAUAGAUGCGGGAGGUAAUGGUAAUUCAAAUUCCAAUGCAAGAGACAAUAAAACUUUCUCUGAAUAUUCUAAUGAGUUGAAUCUAAAAAAAGGUGACGUGCAAACCAUUUAUAAUUUCCUUUGCCGUAUGCAACUGACUAAUCCAAACUUCUUUUAUUCAAUGGAUUUCAACGAUGAAGGGCAUUUGAGGAAUGUAUUAUGGGUUGAUGCCAGGUCCAAGACUGCAUGCGGUUAUUUUGGUGAUGUUAUUUAUUUUGACAACACUUAUUUGUCAAACAAAUAUGAAAUUCCUCUUGUGGCUUUUGUUGGAAUAAAUCAACAUGGUCAAACAGUGUUAUUAGGUUGUGGGCUGCUUGCAGGUGAAACGAUCGAAUCAUAUACAUGGUUGUUUAGAACAUGGGUUAUGUGUAUGUCAGGAUGUUCUCCUCAAACUAUUAUUACAGAUAGGUGCAGGGCUUUGCAGAUUGCAAUUGCAGAAAUUUUUCCGAAAUCUCAUCAUUGUUUUGGCUUGUCAUUAAUUAUGAAAAAAGUACCUGAAAAAUUGGGAGGGUUGCACAAUUACGAUGCAAUCAGGAAAGCAUUGAUUAAAGCAGUUUAUGAGACAUUGAAAGUGAUUGAAUUCGAGGCAGCAUGGGGGGUUAUGAUUCAUUGUUUUGGAGUUAGCGAUCACGAGUGGCUUCGUUCCUUAUAUGAAGACCGAGUUCAUUGGGCACCAGUAUAUUUAAAGGACAAGUUUUUUGGUGGAAUGACUGCGGCACGUCCCGGUGAGAGUGUGUGUCCAUUUUUCGAUAAAUAUGUGCACAAACAGACUCCUUUGAAGGAGUUUCUUGACAAGUAUGAAUUAGCUCUUCAUCAGAAGUACAAGGAAGAAUCUUUAGCAGAUAUUGAAUCAAGAAGCUCAAGCCCCUUGUUAAUAACCAAAUGUUCUUUUGAACUGCAGCUUUCUAGAAUGUACACAAAAGAAAUAUUCACGAAGUUCCAAUUCGAAGUGGGAGAAAUGUUCUCAUGUUUUGGUACGACUCAACUACACGUGGAUGGUCCCAUCAUAAUCUUCUUGGUCAAAGAGCGUGUUUUGACCGAUGGAAACAGACGGGAGAUUAAGGAUUUCGAAGUUUUGUACAAUAGAUCAGCAGGUGAAGUUCGUUGUAUUUGUUGUUGCUUUAACUUUUAUGGAUAUCUAUGUCGACAUGCACUGUGUGUACUCAAUUUUAAUGGGGUGGAAGAGAUUCCGCCUAAGUACAUUCUUUCACGGUGGAAGAAAGAUUACAAACGUCUUUAUAUUCCUGAUCACAAUUUUGGCAGUUCUGAUGAUACUGAUCGUAUUCACCGAUCUAAUCAGUUAUUUAGAAGUGCCUUACAAGUUGUAGAGGAGGGAAUACUUUCUGUAGACCAUUACAAUGUAGCGUUGCAGGCUUUUGAAGAAUCGUUUAUUAAGGCCCGUGAUGUAGAGUAAAGAAAUGAGUAACAAUCAUUGUACUUUAGAAAGUUGAAUAAUUGGCAUGUUUCCUGAGUAAGUAUUUUCUUCCCCUUCUGUUGUUGAAAUAUCUUGAACACAUCCAUUAGAACAUUAUCUUUUUGCAGAGGAAAGAUAAAAUUUCUAGGAUAUCAAUUGAAUGAAUUAUCAUACUUUUGGUUAGAAAUUGUCAACAUAGGGCCUUACUUUUUAUGACUGCAGUGACAUUUGCUCCGAUAAAUAGAUUAGCAAGAUGUGGUAGUUCUUUUUUGUAUGAUUUUGGUGUUCAUUGUAUCAUUUACCUAGUUGAGAUUUUCAAGGUUCUUGAAAUUUUUUACUUGUAAUUCUAGUAUAUCUAUUAUAGUUGUAUUAUAAAUUCAUGUUACACAUGAAAAUGAAUUUUAAUGCUUUUCUCGUUCCAUAGUUUGACCCAUGAACUGAAAAAUAGCACAACUCCUUUUAUGUAAUAGCAAAUAGCAAUGUUAAAAGUGGAUUGAAAUUGUGGCGCAAUAGCACCAUAGCAAAGCGAAAUCUGAACAAACUGUUGCUUUGUGUGAUCCGCGAUUGACAACACAGUUUUGCAGUGAUGUUGGACUGGAGUUUAGCUGUCAGUUUGGUUGUUGCCCAAAUUCUUUCUUUAUAAUUGACCGACUCAUUGGUUGGGAAGAGAAAAGAAGGAUAAGAUGCCAAGUUUUUAAAAACAUCGGUGUUCUGUUUAGUUCGGUUAAGUUUGGUGACUGAUUUUCAUUUCAAACUAGUAUUAUUGUGGCAACUCUUGAAGAACCUGAGGUUAUAUUCUACUUGUAUUGAGACUCUUGUAUUGGGUUCUCCAUGUUUUGAGAAAAAAAUGGUGUAAUGUCAUUGAACUUGUAAGUUUUUUGUUAGUGCCCCCAUUGUCCUGUGACUUUUGUGGUUUCUUGACAGGCAUUUGGAG